CUCGGUUCCACCGCGGGCGCCGCGGCACCUGCCGCCGAGUGCUGCCCAGGGAGCCUGUCCCGCCCGGGGCUCAUGAUGGGGCUGAUCUUCGCUAAACUGUGGAGCCUUUUCUGUAACCAAGAGCACAAAGUAAUCAUUGUGGGACUGGAUAAUGCGGGGAAAACCACCAUUCUCUAUCAAUUCUUAAUGAAUGAAGUAGUUCAUACUUCUCCAACCAUAGGAAGCAAUGUUGAAGAAAUAGUUGUGAAGAACACUCAUUUUCUUAUGUGGGAUAUUGGUGGUCAAGAGUCCCUGCGGUCAUCCUGGAACACCUAUUACUCAAACACAGAGUUCAUCAUUCUUGUUGUCGAUAGCAUUGACAGGGAACGCCUGGCUAUUACAAAAGAAGAAUUAUACAGAAUGCUGGCUCAUGAGGAUUUAAGGAAAGCUGCAGUCCUUAUCUUUGCAAACAAACAGGACAUGAAAGGGUGUAUGACGGCAGCUGAAAUCUCCAAAUACCUCACCCUUAGUUCAAUUAAGGAUCACCCGUGGCACAUCCAGUCGUGCUGUGCACUCACAGGAGAAGGGUUAUGCCAAGGUCUAGAGUGGAUGACCUCCAGGAUUGGUGUGAGAUAAUUUUUUUGCUUGAAAAAGACUUCUCUAUUUAUUUGGUGACAUGAACAUUUUUCCUAAUACCUUUGGCUGCUGAGGCAGCAGCAUGUUUAAUUUAUGACAACACAAACCUCCGAGUGACGCUUGAAUCAAGUGCCGCUGUACUGGAACAUAAAGAUGUUUUCUUACCUUUGUUUCAAAUGUACUAAUCUCAGUCAGACGAGUAUUACGUGUAACUAUGCUGUAGCAGCCGGACUCUUCUGACUGUGUAUUCUAAUUAUUCAGUGACUGCCUUGUAAAAACCAUUUGUCAUAUAUUUCCUGUUAUCUGAAGUUUUGUUAUGUCCUUUAUAACUAGUUUCUUUCACCUCUUGGCCACCACUCCUUCCGAGAUACUUACUAGUUUGACAGAACUGUAGUGGGAAUAGGCAUGUAUUGUUUAUCCAGCACUAAACAUUCUAACAUUCUUUUCUCUACAAACCCUUUUUAUCUUUUGGACAGAGUUAAUUACAAUGAAGAAAAUCUACCUAGGAACUGUGUGUGUGUGUGUGUGUGUGUGUGUGUGUGUGUGUGUGUGUGUGUAAACAUCAUGAAUACUUGCCUUUAAAUUUUCCUCACCUCAUUGCAUGUGAUAGUAUAAUUUUAAGUUGAUCUCUGCUUGGGAAUUAUUUAGUCCAUUUAUUUAUAUAAGGAAUUAAGCUCACUUUUCUGCCAACCAUAUUUGGUUAAAAACUAAUCAAGGUGAAGCAUGAAUUUAAAAACCCAGCUUCAAUGGUCAACACUAUUGGCUCCAUCUAGUAGCUGACGAUUCUUCAAUAUGUAUGUAACUGUCAGAAUUUAGUACAAUACACCAACGUAAAUUAGAGCCAGGACACUUGGAAUAUUUUUUUCUCUCAGUUUACUGCCUGCUUUAUUAUCAGCAUCACCUCAGCUGUUUUGUCUCAGCUGUUUUACACCAGCUCUGGCAGCAGCCUAAGCAUGGGCAGUUCUUUAUUUAUUUCUUAGGUUUGUAACAGUACCUGUCAGAGCAUCGUUAUCACCAGCAGCGUAUUACUGAAAGGCAAAACAACGUGGUCUUUCUGUAAACCUGGCUGAGGAUGAUGUGAAAGAGGCUUCAAAUUCUUUUUGCUCCACCUCUUGUCUCUGUGUAGGUCGACUGUGUCUUAAACUCUGACUCGCUCUUGGUCUAUUCCUAGCUUUAGAAUGUUCCUGUGAGACUCUGCAGUCAUGUUCUCUCUUCUCUCCUUCUCUCUUUGUUUGUUUGUUUGCUUGAUUGGCUGUGUUUUUGUUUGUUUUGUUUUGAUAGGGUUUCUCUCAGUAGUUCUUUCCCUGGAACUCACUAGGUAGACCAGACGGUCAUAUUCUUAGCAAUGCCGAUGGUUAAUUGGUUAGGGAAAUGGAAGGAAAGGGGCUAAUGAUUAAGUCAGGCUUACUGGGUGGUGUUAACGGUUCUCAAGGCAAUUAUCUAAGAUGAAAGUAAGAAUGAACCCUUAAGUUGAAGGGGGACAAGUGUUGUCAUUAGCCUUGUCUAUGUCAUCCAGCUCAUUUGCCAUAUGGAAGGUGUAAAAUGUGUACUAAGGGGUAGUUCUUCAUUUUUUCAGUAUUUUUCAUUUGGAUCAAAAUAAGCUUCAGUGUUCAUAAAUACCUGCUCAAAAUUGGUAUUUUAA